AUGAAUGCAAAAUUUCACGCUUUAAUGUUAUGGUUAAACUUUAAUCGUAUGACGAGACCUGAUAUAACAAAAAGACAUUUCAUUACAAUUCGAGAAAAGACCAUGAACAAAAGCCAUUUGCCAAAAAAGCCUAAUGUCAAUGUUAUAUUAAUUCGUACUUUAUUUAUCACGGCGACUUUGUUCGCACAUAAUUUCCUUGGUGUGCUCUCAAAUAAUGAUACUGAUUGGCUCAGUUUUGGUGGUCCCGGUAUAGAUAAUAAUCGUAAUGCCAUUGGUGAAACAAUAAUCUCUCCCGAUAAUGUUGAUUCUUUAACGAUCAAAUUUGUGAUUCCAACCGUAGAUUCGGUUUCAGCUACUCCCGUAACUUUCAACAAUAACGUAUAUUUCCCUGAUUGGGCAGGGUGGAUAUAUUCCGCGAAUGCAAGAACAGGAAUGAUUAAUUGGAAAUAUAAGGUAUCAGAGAAAUAUCUUCCACAACCAGCCGAUCCAAAAGCGAUAAGUCGGGAUACUUUCGCGAUUGAUCCAACCGAGCAACUUAUUAUAUUUGGUACUCAGAAUGCUAUUGAAGGAGGUAGCGGGUACGUUAUAGCAAUUGAUCUUAAAGGUGACUUGGUUUGGAUCACAUUGAUUGAUGACCACCCAUUAGCUGUUAUAACACAAUCCCCCACAAUAUAUAAUGGCGGUGUGUAUAUUGGAGUUUCCUCAGUCGAAGAAGGAGUUGCCUCUAACAGACCUGGAUAUGUUUGCUGUACUUUCCAAGGAAGCUUUGCUAAAUUAAAUUUAACGACCGGUCAAAUUCUUUGGAAAACUUUAAUGUUACCCUAUAAUCAUGGUAGACCUGAUUUGUAUUCUGGAAUUGCAGUUUGGGGCUCCGCACCUGCUAUUGAUCCUAUUAAAGGGUUGGUUUAUAUUGGCACCGGUAAUAAUUAUCGGGUCCCAUCUGACGUCGUAGAUUGUGUAACAUCCGCAAGAACGACAGAAGAUAAGUUCAAAUGUCAAGACCCUAAAAAUUAUAUUAAUGCGAUACUUGCUUUAGACAUAAAUAAUGGUGAUGUGAUUUGGGCAGUGAGAACUUCACCUUCGGAUGAUUGGAUCGUAUCCUGUAUACCUGGUUUUAUCACACCUAAUCCGGGAAGUUGUCCUGAACCUGCUGGACUAGAUUAUGAUUUUGGUCAAGCACCUUUGCUUGUCAAAGCAUGUAACAAGACUAGUUGUCCGCUACUUGCUAUUGCAACCGCAAAAUCCGGAAUUGCCUGGGCGAUAAAUGCUGCUACGGGUAAAAUCUAUUGGACAGUCGAGGCUGGACCGGGAGGAACUACUGGAGGUUCAAUGUUCGGCUCUGCAACUGAUGGAAAACGAUAUUUCGUAUCAAUAUCCAAUAGUAGUAAAAACCUUUAUAUGUUUGUAAGACCGUCUCGUUACAGUCCACCCUCAACAAGAGGGGGUGCAUUGGUGGCAAUCGAUAUAUCAACGGGAGAUAUAUUGUGGCAAACGGCGAAUCCUACCGAUGCAGAAAGCCAGGCUCCGGUAUCUUAUGCAAACGGUGUUGUUUGGUACGGUAGUAGGGAUAAUAGCGGUCAUUUAUUCGCUUUAAACGCCGAGACCGGUGACAUUUUAUUUGAAUUCGUUACGGGUGGUUCGGUCGCAUCUGGUCCAAGCAUCGUUGAUGGUGUCGUUUAUGCUGGUAGUGGUUAUACAAGGUUUGGUUAUGGAACUCCGAACAAUAGAACACUUCUUGAUGCUAUUGAUGAAAUAAUCGGAGAAGGUAAGGUUAUACAAAACCCUCCGGAUACUUUUCAAUUAAUCGCCGCAAGACCAAUCGCAGCAUCUUUAAUUGGUGAAGAAUUUUAUCUUCAUUCAUCCGUUAGUACACAAGGAAUUUUUAAAAUAAUAGUCGAAAGAAGAUUAAGCAGCAUGAAAACGAAAUCCUAUGUUCCUCCUGUUGAUAUAUUACAAAAAUUUAUCGAACUUUUAAGUCAAGAUUAUCAAAUCGAUAUUGAAAUUUUAACUAAUUAUAUCAUUACCGCUAUAUUUGCUGUGGUGCAUUCAACUUCAAAUUUCCUCACCAAUUGUUUACAUUAUUCAUAUACUGAUGGAUUUUACAAUGAUAUUUUAUUCUCUUUUUCAGAAUAUGCAAAUUAUUCACAAUUCCAAAAGGAAUUAUUUUAUUGGAAGAACAAGAACGAUUAUCACAAAGUAAAAAUGGAAACUCCUAUUAUACCUCUAAAGAAAUUGAUAAUUUGGUUUAUCUGGACAGCUUCUUUAAAGAGACCUUAA